AUGGCUAUGCAGAGGGACCAAUUCAAUAGAGUAAUGGUUAUGAUAUUAGCGCCAUUAAUGGCUUCUCUAUUAAUUCCUUGUUUUUGUUGUUCUUGUUCUUAUUCUGGUGUGCAAUAUUCUGUUGGAGACACACUCUGGACAAUCCCUCCAACCCCUGAUUAUUUCUCCAACUGGUCCUCUUCCAUUUUCUUUGCCAUUGGUGACUCCCUUGUGUUUGAUUUCGAAACUGGACGUUUCAAUCUGGUACAAGUCUCAAAGCCAGACUACGAUAGAUGCACAGCUUUCAACCCCAUUAACAUAAUUUCUAAAGGUCCAGCGAUUCUUCCAUUGAAGCAGGAAGGUGUUUUUUACUUCAUAUGCAAUAUUUCCAAUUAUUGCAUUCUUGGUCAGAAGAUUUCCAUUACUGUCCACAACUACUGCCCAAUUCAUAAUCCCCCAUCUCCGUCGCCGUCACCAUCGUCAUCACCAACUCCGACGUCGUUUCCUCCUGCGGCUGUUCCCGUUGUUCCGUCUUCUCCUUCAGUACCGGCUUUAAGUCCGGUACCGUCUCCAAUUAGUGAUGGCAAUAAUACUGAAGCUCCUCUGGAUGCCAAGUCUAGUGGCGCGUUUGCUAAUAGAGCUAAGAUUGGUUUUGAUUUUAGAGGAAUGUUAAUUUUUACUGCUGGCUGUGCCCUACUUGUCUUAUUGUUUGGUGAAUUUUUUUAA